CCUCGCGACCCACAGACCCCCUCUCUCUCUCUCUCUACGGACCCAUCUCCCUAGAGAGAGAAAGUCGCCACCUUGCGGCGAAACCCACCUCGGAACCGCCAUGAAUUGUGCUUGAGUGAGGAAGGAACGGGCGGAAGAAGGAGGGAUUGAUCGUCUUCUCUCGUUCUCUCUCUUGCCUAGUUUUUCAGCAGGAGGAUCGAAGUGAGGGGGGAGGGGGGCUGGCAGAAUGUCGCACCCGGUGUUCAGGACGGCGCAGAUCAUGCCGCUGAGCUCGCAGGCUCAAGUGACCACCACCACCCAGAAGCAGCCCUUGCCUUGCCCGUUCGUGAGGCCCGUAUCGCCGGUUCCGAAGCUGGGCCCGCUGCUGCCCCCGGUUUGCGGGAAGGCGGUUCGGAGGGGGGGCGGCGUCGUCGCGGUCAGGUGCUCCUCGGCUUCGGCUUACGAGCCUGCGGCGGUCGACGGGAGCCGCGGACGGGAGUCUAGGGCUCUCCUGGAGCGGUGCUUCCAAGCGCCGAGCUCGUCCGGCUCGGGCGAUUUCGGGCCGGUCAUGAAGGGGGGGCAGUUUGGGGCGUUUGGCGCGGUGACUCUCGAGAAGGGGAAGCUCGACAUGACGCAGAAGCAGUCCCAGUCUAGCCCUGAGCUUGCAACGGGGGGAGGUGGUGGUGAUAUUGGAAAGAGGAUCAGUCAUGGGGGAGGUGACGGAGGUGAUGACGAUGGCGAUGAUGAUGAUUAUUUUGAUGACUUCGAUGAUGGCGAUGAAGGUGAUGAGGGAGGGCUAUUUAGGAGAAGGAUGUUUCUUGAAGAGCUAUUCGACCGCAAAUUCAUUAAUGCAGUAUUAAAUGAAUGGCAGAAGACGAUGAUGGAUUUGCCUGCUGGCUUCCGGCAAGCGUGUGAAAUGGGUUUGGUCAGCUCCGCUCAAAUGGUUAAGUUUCUGGCAAUCAAUGCUAGACCAACAACUGCCAGGUUUAUAUCGCGAUCGCUACCGGAAGCUAUGUCUAGGGCAUUUAUUGGCAGGAUGAUUGCAGAUCCUGCAUUUUUAUAUAAGCUUCUCCUAGAGCAAGCUGCCACCAUUGGUUUUGCUGUUUCAUGGGAACUGAAGAGUCGUAAAGAGAGGAUAAAGCAGGAGUGGGAUUUGGCGCUUACAAAUGUUCUCACAGCAUCUCUGUGCAAUGCUCUUGUUGUUUGGUCACUUGCCCCUUGUCGUUCAUACGGGGACACAUUCCGGUUUGAUCUACAAAAUACAUUGCAGAAGCUCCCCAACAAUAUAUUUGAGAAGAGUUACCCAAUGAGAGAGUUUGACCUGCAAAAGAGGUUCCAUUCUUUCUGUUUCAGAGCUGCAGAGCUGUGUAUGAUUGGGUUGACUGCCGGGACAGUGCAAGGUUCUUUGUCCAAUUUCCUAGCAAGUAAAAAGAAGGAAAGGUUAUCGGUGACAAUACCCACAGUGAGCACAAAUGCACUUGGUUACGGUGCUUUCCUGGGCAUAUAUGCAAACUUGAGUUAUCAGCUUUUAUGUGGAUCUGAUAGAUUGUUGACAAACCAUUUUGAUGUUAUUGGAGUGGCCCUGUUCUUUGGAACUGCUCUGAGGAUUAUGAAUGGCAAUGUAGGGCAGACAUUGAGGCAUGCCUGGCUUGGCAUGGAGCCUGAUCCACUGGCUCAUUCAGAUAGCCUCCUGAAGGCUUAUAAUAGACUGGAAGAAGUUGUACCUAAGUCCUCUCCCAAAUGGUUAAUAUCGAAAAAUGCCAUUGUUUCUGGUCUUGGACUUUUUGGUAGCAAGGAAGGUAAUGCAGAUACUGUCAAUGGGGAAGCACCGCCUCCAAAGGCAAGGAGGAAGAGAAUAGUCAGGAAGAAGGUGUCAGCAAGUUGAGCGUAGCUUUGUCGUACCUGUGUCGUGCCUCCAAUUUUGCCUUCUAAUGGAGAUAUAUGACCUUACAUUCUUUGCUCAAUUAACCUUGAAGACCGUGAAUUACUGGGGUUGGUUGCCAGGUUGUCCGGAGCUGAAGUCGGAAGACAUGAGAUAUGGCUAGAGAGAUGGGUUUUGUCUUUUUUUUUCCUUUUCCUUUUUAGGUACAUGGGUUCGGGGAGGGUUGAAUUUGUUAAGCAUCCUCUUUCCCCUUAUUGAUUUGUUUUUGACAGUGGGACAACUUCCUAUAUUUUUACUUGAAAUUCUCGUUGUAAUUUCUUUAGAAUAAGAGGUGAUACUCUUGACACCUGCAGUGGGGGGAAUCAUGCAGGUUUCAUCUCCCUUCCUAACUGCACAUUGAAUUAACAUCUUCACAUAAAUCUGCUGUUUGGCUACAUCUAGAUGGAGCUGGCAACCUGUGUGACCUUGUCUUGUACAUGUUUAAAUCAUUUGAAUUUCCGGUCA